AACUGUCCAACGAUGGCUUCCUCUACCCAAAAACCCUCUUCUUCUUCUACCUCAGUCCGUAAAUAUGAGUUCGAAGUGUUCUUGAGUUUUAGAGGUGAAGACACCCGCAACAAUUUUACGGAUCAUUUAUUCGUAAAUUUGCAUGGGAUGGGGAUUAAGACUUUCAGAGACGAUCAACUUGAAAGAGGAGAGGAGAUCAAAUCAGAACUUUUGAAAACUAUUGAAGAAUCAAGAAUUUCCAUAGUUGUGUUCUCAAAAAACUAUGCUCAUUCCAAGUGGUGUUUGGAUGAGUUAGCGAAGAUCAUGGAGUGCAGGGAAGAAAUGGAACAAAUAGUCUUUCCGGUGUUCUACCACUUGGAUCCUUGUGAUGUGCGAAAGCAAACAGGGAGCUUCGGAGAGGCAUUUUCCAUUCAUGAAAGAAAUGUAGAUGCGAAAAAGGUGCAAAGGUGGAGGGAUUCCUUGACUGAAGCAAGCAAUCUAAGUGGUUUCCAUGUGAAUGAUGGGUAUGAGUCAAAGCAUAUUAAGGAAAUUAUUAACCAGAUUUUUAGAAGAUCAAUGAAUUCUAAGCUUUUGCAUAUUAACGAUGAUAUAGUUGGGAUGGAUUUUCGCCUAAAAGAACUAAAAUCAUUGUUAAGUAGUGACUUGAAUGACAUUCGUGUGGUUGGGAUCUAUGGACCUGGUGGAAUUGGUAAAACUACCAUUGCCAAGAUUGUUUAUAAUGAGAUCCAAUAUCAAUUCACUGGUGCAAGCUUUCUUCAAGAUGUCAGAGAGACAUUCAACAAGGGUUGUCAACUUCAACUACAACAACAACUUCUACAUGAUACAGUGGGAAAUGAUGUAGAGUUUAGCAAUAUCAAUAAAGGUAUCAAUAUAAUAAAGUCCAGACUUCGCUCAAAAAAGGUUCUUAUUGUAAUUGAUGAUGUGGAUCGGUUGCAACAAUUAGAGUCAGUGGCUGGAAGUCCUAAAUGGUUUGGUCCAGGAAGUACAAUUAUCAUUACAACCAGAGACCAACAUCUGUUGGUUGAGUAUGGAGUGACUAUAUCACAUAAGGCUACAGAAUUACAUUAUGAGGAAGCUCUUCAACUCUUCAGCCAACAUGCCUUUAAACAAAAUGUUCCUAAGGAAGAUUAUGUAGACCUCUCAAAUUGCAUGGUUCAAUAUGCUCAAGGUCUCCCUUUGGCCCUUAAAGUUCUAGGUUCUUCUCUUCAAGGCAUGACAAUAGAUGAAUGGAAAAGCGCAUCGGAUAAAUUGAAAAAAAACCCUAUGAAGGAAAUUAAUGAUGUGCUUAGAAUAAGUUUUGAUGGGCUUGAUCGUUCUCAAAAGGAGGUUUUCUUGGACAUUGCGUGUUUUUUCGAAGGUGAAUGCAAAGAUUUUGUGUCAAGAAUAUUAGAUGGUUGCAAUUUAUUCGCAACAUGCAACAUAAGAGUUCUCCAUGAUAGAUGUCUAGUAACUAUCUCAGACAACAUGAUACAAAUGCAUGACUUGAUACACGAAAUGGGUUGGGCAAUUGUUCGCGAAGAAUGUCCUGGAGACCCCUGCAAAUGGAGUAGAUUGUGGGAUGUAGAUGAUAUUUAUGAUGCAUUUUCUAAACAAGAGGAGAUGCAAAAUAUUCAAACCAUAUCUUUGGACUUGUCUAGAUCAAGAGAAAUACAGUUCAAUACAAAAGUGUUUGCCAAGAUGAAGAAACUUAGGUUGCUUAAAAUCUAUUGCAAUGAUCAUGAUGGUUUGACGAGAGAGAAGUAUAAAGUGCUUCUUCCUAAAGACUUUCAAUUUCCUCAUGAUUUGAGAUAUCUUCAUUGGCAAAGAUGCACUUUGACAUCUUUACCUUGGAACUUUUAUGGAAAGCACCUUAUUGAAAUCAACUUGAAGUCUAGCAACAUAAAACAACUUUGGAAAGGGAAUAAGUGUCUUGAAGAAUUAAAGGGCAUUGAUCUAAGUAACUCGAAACAGUUGGUCAAAAUGCCAAAUUUCUCAAGCAUGCCGAAUUUGGAGAGAUUGAAUCUUGAAGGUUGUACAAGCUUGUGUGAACUUCAUUCAUCUAUUGGCGAUCUCAAAAGUUUGACUUACUUGAAUUUAGCAGGAUGUGAACAACUCCGAAGUUUCCCAUCCAGCAUGAAGUUUGAAUCUCUUGAAGUUCUUUAUCUUAAUUGUUGUCCAAACUUGAAGAAGUUUCCUGAGAUCCAUGGGAAUAUGGAAUGUUUGAAGGAGCUUUAUUUAAACGAGAGUGGGAUCCAAGAACUACCAAGUAGCAUUGUGUAUUUAGCAUCUCUUGAAGUCCUUAAUCUCUCAAAUUGUUCAAACUUCGAGAAAUUUCCUGAGAUCCAUGGGAAUAUGAAAUUUUUGAGGGAGCUUUAUUUAGAAGGAUGUCCAAAGUUUGAGAAUUUUCCGGAUACAUUUACCUAUAUGGGACAUUUAAGGGGGCUUCAUUUACGUAAGAGUGGUAUUAAAGAACUCCCAAGCAGCAUUGGGUAUUUGGAAUCUCUUGAAAUUCUUGACAUCUCAUGUUGCUCAAAAUUUGAGAAAUUCCCAGAGAUCCAAGGGAAUAUGAAAUGCUUGAAGAACCUUUAUUUAAGGAAGACUGCUAUUCAGGAACUCCCAAACAGCAUUGGGUCCUUGACAUCUCUUGAAAUUCUUUCUCUUGAAAAAUGUUUGAAGUUUGAGAAAUUUUCAGAUGUAUUUACCAACAUGGGACGUUUAAGGGAGCUAUGUCUAUAUAGGAGUGGUAUUAAGGAACUCCCAGGGAGCAUUGGAGAUCCAAGGGAAUAUGAAAUGCUUGAAGGAGCUUUCUUUAGAGAAUACCGCUAUUAA